CGGGACACGUCAACAAAGUCGCUUCUCAGACGGGUCUCAGCCAGCGUCAGCAGCGGUACUGCAGAGAACGGACAUUUCUUCACACACCAUGGAGACAUUAUACAGUAUACCGUUUGUUGUGCUGGAAUGUCCAAAUAUAAAGCUGAAGAAACCGUCAUGGCUGCACAUGCCGUCGGCUAUGACCGUGUAUGCGGUCGUUAUUGUGUCCUACUUUCUCAUCACAGGAGGCAUCAUCUAUGAUGUUAUUGUCGAGCCCCCAAGUGUGGGUUCAAUGACUGACGAGCAUGGACACCAGCGGCCAGUGGCCUUUUUGGCAUACAGAGUAAAUGGGCAGUACAUUAUGGAGGGACUGGCUUCCAGUUUCCUCUUCACGAUGGGAGGCCUGGGCUUUAUAAUCCUGGACCGCUCCAACGCCCCAAACAUCCCCAAACUCAACCGCUUCUUGUUGCUCUUCAUCGGCUUUGUCAGCGUCCUCCUCAGCUUCUUCAUGGCCAGAGUGUUCAUGCGCAUGAAGCUGCCAGGGUACCUCAUGGGCUAAAGACAAAAAGAGCACACUGAAAAUGAUUCAGAAGGACAGAGGACGUCAAAUGUGUGGGAACCCCAGCAGGCAGUUCAACUAAAAUUAUCCAUAAAUUGAUCUUUUGAUAUAAUCACCAUCAUUCAUGACUGAAAGCACUGACCUUUGCUAGAGAAAUUAGACGCAGCUGCACUGACAGUCUCUCACUGGCAUUGUCUCAUUGGUGUUCAGUGACUUCCCUUUUCCUCUCCUUCUCUCUAAAUGUCCCAACAAAGUGAUGAUGAACAAGUAGAUCACUGUUGAAGACGCGUCAUCUCCUAUUUUGUCAGUAACCAAUAGCCUGGUCCAUCUUCAGCACACUUGAGUAAUUUAAUCACACUAAAAUAAGUUAGAUGUAACGCACAGCAGGGGAAAUAUCUCUGGAGGAGGACAAGAAAACAGGAAGUUGCUGAAUGAAGCCACUCAUUUGGUCACAGCAGGGGGUCCGAAUAAUGUUUAAGUUGUUUGUUUUUGUAAAGAAAUCAUUUAAAAUCGCCUUGAACUCGUCACAGUUGCAUUUUUGUACAAGGGUGGGAAAUAAAUCUUCUUUUCAGAGCUC